CUCUGUCCCCAAAGGGACAUCUGAGCUGGUCCCUGUUUCACCUCCAAACCUCUAUGGCUGGGUUUUCAAUUCGAGCUCUGUUGAUGUCGGAAACACCCUUUAGGUCAAGAGAGCUUCUCUUUGAGAAGCAAAAGUUAUUCCAAAGCAUCCACAAAGGGCCGUAUGAUAAGAUCACCACCAUUGCCAUUCCAGCAGCUCUGGCAACUACUUCUUUGUAUCUCAUUGCUCGGGGAAUCUAUAAUAUGUCUCAUGGGAUUGGAAUGAAGAAGUGAUGGUGCUGAAUGAUGGCCCAUCUGGUAGCUCAAAUUUUAAAAUAUAUGCAUCUGUCCAAGUUGGACUACUUUUGUUCCCUUGGGUUCUUUCACAUUUUUUUCCCCUUGAUAAUAGCUUAGUUGCAGACAUGUAACUAGCUAGCGACAGAUGUUGUCCACAACCAACUCGUUUGAUUUUUCGAUUACCAGUUUAGGUUCUGUUGGUGCAUGAUUUGAUAUUUGGAUUUUCAUAGGUCUAGUGGGCAUUUUGAUUUUAAUUAGUCCAUAUCCUGGCAGCGUGAAAGAUCAAACAUGUACAUGGCAAAUAGUCUGCUGAUGAGAGCCUAAAUUGCUGCAUAUGCUUAUGGCAUCAGCUGUCUUCAUUUCCAAGAAUAUAGGAUGUGUUCUGAUUUGAGGGGGAAAGAUCAUAAAAUGUGGACAAGCUUGAAUCCUAUUUUUCAUUCUUUUUCUUUUCCUUUCACAAUUUUAAGAUCGAAACAAGAGGAUUACUAAAUCCACAGCCCAAUGGUUGUAUUGA